AUGGCGGAUGAGACAACUCAUUCAAUAAUGGUACAACACAAUGGAAGAUGGGACGCAUCAGGUAGAUACAUAAAUUUUGAAGUUGAAGGAAUAUUAUACGAUUCCAAAUCAAAGUUUAGUGGUUUGGUCACUGUGAUUGCUGCUCAACUAGGAAUAGAUACAACAAUUCAAGGAUUGGAGAUUAAAUACAUUGUUAGUGACAAAUGCCCGCCAAUGACCAUACACAACGAUAUGGGUGUCCAUGUAUAUUUAGAUCAAAAAAAGGAAAACAAAAACUUCUUCAGUAAGUAUCCUUUAUGCAUAACAUUGAGGGAUGUAGCUUUGGAUUUAAUUGAAAUCCAAGACGAUGGAGGUAGCAGUUCAAAUUCUAUAAAAUUCAUACCUUCACACAAUGGAAAAACUGAUCAGUUGAAUGCCAUAGUUCCCAGUGUUGAUUUUGUGGCUGUGGAAUGUGAACGAAAUGGAAUUAUAAGCGACAAUCGAUAUGAAUUUGUUGCUGAAAAACAGAUUUAUAAGGAUAAGGAAACAAUUGUUGCAGUUAUGAAGAACUACGCCUUUUCGAAACGAUUCCAAUUUCGGGUUAGAAGAUCUAGUUCUAAAAGCUAUUGUCUUGAGUGCCCUGCGGACGAUUGCCCUUGGAGUUUUAAAUCGUCAACUUUGAAUGAUUCAGGGCUUUUCAAAAUUAGAUCAUUUUGUGAACAACAUUCAUGCUCAUUAAAAGAAAGGAUUUAUUCAAGACGUCAAGCAACUACAACGGUUGUUGGAAUUAUGAUAAUGGAUAAGUAUGAAGAUCCAAAAAGAGUAUACACACCAAAGGAUACAACAACAGAUAUGAGAAAACAGCAUGGUUUAAUAAUGACUUACAUGCAAGCUUAUAGAGCCAAGGAAAAGGCAUUAAACAUGUUGCGAGGGGAUCCAACUGAAUCAUACAAUAAGUUACCGAGCUACUUUUACAUCCUGGAAAAGACUUAUCCGGGCUUAGUUGUUAGUUUGGAAAAAACAGCAGAAGACCGUUUCUUGUAUGCAUUUGUAGCAUUGGAACCUUGUAUUAGAGGAUGGGAGUAUUUUAGGCCUAUAGUAGUUGUUGACGGCACCCAUCUAAAAUCAACUUAUGAAGGAACUAUGCUAAUAGCAAGCACACUACAUCCUGGAGGUAGUAUACUGCCAUUAGCAUAUGCAAUAGUUGAUUCAGAGAACGAUGCAUCUUGGACAUGGUUCUUUGAGAGAUUUAGGAUAGCUUUUGGUGAAAGGGAGAAUAUGUGCAUUGUAUCAGAUAGACAUGAUAGUAUAUGGAAAACUUCUGCAUUAGUAUAUCCCGGGCUGACUCAUUAUGCAUGUAUUUGGCAUUUGUGGAAUAAUUUACUUAAGAAAUGCAGGGGAAAUAAAGAACAGGUCAGGAAACUAUACUUUGCAUUAACUAAGGCAUACACUCUUCAAGAAUUUAGUGAACUCAUGGGAAGGUUGGACACAAUAGAUAAGAAGUUGGGUGUAUACUUAUUUGAUAGUGGGUAUCAUAAAUGGUCUCGGGUACAUGCAACAGUGAAGAGAACAUGGACGUUGACUUCAAACAUUGCUGAAUCUAUAAACAACAGCAUUGUCAAAGCUAGAGAAUUUCCAAUCUGUAAGUUAAUGGAUUACAUGAGACAAUUGAUUGAAACUUGGAAUGAAAAACACAGUGAAGAAGGGAGAAAUACAUUCACUGAUCUUACUAAUGAGUACAAUAAAGCUUAUGAGGAUAACAAGGAAUUAUCACACCGUAUGACUGUAAGGGCUUCCACUGAAUUCCUACAUACAGUGACAGAUGGUAUGAAGAGAUUUAGUGUGUGUCUUCGAAGUAAGAUUUGUAGUUGUGGAAGGUUUCAACUUGAUGAGAUACCAUGUGGACAUGCUUUGGCUGCUAUAACGUACAGGCACCAACAUGGAGAGGACUACUGCUCUGCCUACUACAGCAAUAAAAAUUUCAAAGAUACAUAUGCCAUACCAGUGGAACCUCUUCCAUGCGAAAGUACAUGGGAGAUACCAUUUGAUGUGUUAGAACAAAUUGUUUUACCACCAAAUUCUAAAAGACCUCCAGGGAGACCAUCGUUGAAGAGAAUGAAACCGUUUUAUGAGGUGAAAUUUAAGAGGGCAAAAAUGACAUGUAGCAAGUGUGGCAUAGAGGGGCACAACAAGAAGACAUGUAGCAAUGUGACCAAAUGA